CCCACAGAUAGCAACUCCUACCUACAUGUCCAAUCAAAGUUUUUUCUCUUUCAUUAUUUACCAAUUAUUGUUAACUGAUUCGGUGGUGCUACCUAAUCGUACACUCUCAUCCCCUUCAUAUAUCCUAAUGCUGAGCUGUGUCCAACCCGAACAUCUUUCUCAUGGUUCCAUCAGGGCUAAAAACACAUACGUACGGUUUCCUACAGCAGACGGCGAAGUAACCUUCUAUUUAUAAGAAGGCACGGGCCGUGCAUCCUAAUAUGGCAGCAAGAAAGAUCCUAAGAAAAAGAGUGACUAAUGAUGUUUUCAUUCUGAAUUCUGAUAAUCAGCCAAAAACAUCGGUGCAAAGCUCGGAACAACCAUGCUUUGGUUCUGGAGAGUAUUUCAUGGCUCAAGAGACUUUCAAGUUGUUUGUGUGCUCGUGGAAUGUUGGAGGAAUAUCACCACCAGAUGAUUUGAACCUAAAGGAGUUGAUCAACGCUCAAAAUGGCACAGCAGAUAUAUAUGUUUUCGGGUUUCAAGAAAUUGUGCCUCUCCAUGCUGGAAAUAUUUUGGUGCCAGAAAAUAGUAAUGUUUCGAUGAAGUGGAACCCUCUAAUCAAAGCUGCUCUAAAUGAGAGACAAAUAACAGAAGACGAACAAAGAAACUAUUCUGUAAAGACAGACAACACCAUCAACUCAACUGAUGCAGAAUUUGAAUGCAUAAUUAGUAAACAAAUGGUUGGAAUAUAUAUUACCGUAUGGGUGCGCCAAGACCUGCUCGAUCAUAUCAGUCAUCUGGAUGUCUCGUGUGUGGGUUGUGGUAUCUUGGGACGCCUGGGAAAUAAGGGUUCAGUCUCCAUCAGAUUUUGCUUGCAUGCAACAAGCUUUUGUUUUGUGUGUACACACUUAGCUUCAGGCAGCAAAGAAGGCGACCACAGACAAAGAAACACGGAUGUAGCACAUAUAUUGGCGCGCACAAUAUUUCCAGCAAAACCCCAACAGCAUCUGCCAAGAAAAAUCCUUGACCACGAAAGGGUGAUUUGGCUAGGCGACUUGAACUACAGGAUUCACCUCCCUGAAGCUACGACACGGUCCUUGGUUAAGAAUAAAGAGUGGAGCAUCUUAUUAGAAUAUGAUCAGCUGAAAGCUGAGCUGAACAGAGGCCAUGUUUUCGAGGGGUGGCAUGAGAAAGAAAUCGAAUUUGCACCUACAUAUAAAUAUGAUCAAAAGUCAGAUGAUUAUUACGGGAGUAAACACAAAAUAAAGGCUGCAAAGACAAGAGCUCCGGCAUGGUGUGAUCGGAUUAUUUGGUUUGGCAAGGGACUGAAGCAGAUCAACUACAACAGAGUUGAAUCUAGGUUAUCCGACCACAGGCCUGUUCAAGCAACUUUCAUAGCAUAUCUUGGGAAUCUAGAGUUUUGAAAAGGCCAAGUGAAGAACUUCAAAAACAUUCAUCGACCCAUUGAAGUGAAUCACAUCAAGCAUUAGUAACAUAUACAUGUUUUAUGUAAUGCCAACUUGAGCAUUCAUGUUAAUCAUCUUCUUUUGCCGAGGGUUGGGAGAAGUGGAUAAAAAGAAGGGAAUCACAUGAAUGCAAAAAAUUGGAAGGAUAACAUUGAAGAGCAUGCAAAUUCAAGAAACAGAACAAAUUUUAAUCCAAUUUCUUCCUAUGUUUUUUUCCCAAAA